UAUAAACCUGUUCUCAUAUUGGCAUUGUACUGCCGCAACUUCUAAGGAUAAUGGACAGUCUCUUUGGUUUAUUAGUGGUUAUAACAUUGACUGGUUGCUGGGCAACCAACUGUCCGGACAACUUUCUGGCUUUCCAUGGCUCCUGUUAUCUCUUCGGAGAUAUCCAACUCAGCUUUUAUGAGGCAGAGCACUAUUGUAACCAACACGAUGCCCAUCUGGUGCACGUGAACAAUGCCCUAGAGGGAGACUUCUUGAAAGAGCAUCUGCGUCAUCUUAAACCUUUUGGUUUCUGGUGGAUGGGGUUAACAGAUGAGGUUGCAGAAGGACACUUCUUCUGGAUAGACGACAAAUCUCCUGCAGAAUAUACAGACUGGCACGCUGGACAACCCGAUGGUGGUGAUGAAGAUUGCGUUGUCUUCGCAAAGUAUUUUGACUUCCAGUGGGGCGAUUAUCCAUGUACACUCGCAGAGGACUUCAUUUGUGAAAUUCAGUAA